CGCCGGGCUCCGGCGUUCCCGCCCGCCGAUUUCCAGCCGUCAGGGUCACGGCACUCGCUGGAAGCCCUGAACUGUGUGUGCCCCCCAAGCCCCGGGACCCCUGCGGGAAUGUUCAAAAAUGAGUACCAGGGAGGUGCAUUUGUUGAAAUCUUUAGUGCUCAGGGAAAAAAUCCUGGAGCAAAAUGGAAGAUCCUUGGCAGUCCAUCUGUCAUUUGGAAAGAGUUUGACAAAGAAGUUAAAAGUUUUGUGUUUGUCCUAGAAGGCAGCAGCCAAACAAACAGAAUUCAGUUACCAAAGGAAAAUAAGCAAAUUUUGGGACUGAUCCAGAGGUUUCUUGUACUUCAGAUUUACGUACCCCUGGGACAAGACUUCUCCACUGAAUUGCUAAUCCGGAUCGAAUAAACAGCCCCUACCUGGGACAUGCUGUUCAUGAGGCGAGAGCAGAAGAGCAAGAGUCUGAGCAGAACCACACAAUCAAAUUUAAAGCUUCUCCUCAGAUAUGUGUGGCACAUGUCACCUCUUCUUACAUCUGUUGGCCAAACCUAGAGUCAGUGGGACAGGGAGAUGUAUGAAAUCUUCUACAUGAAAGGGUGAUGGUGAAUUGCAAACAGUGAUAAUCUACCAUAAACACGCACAUUAUUUCAAUCAACACAACACUCUUCAAUGUGGAUAUUAUCACCAUCGCACAAUUUAUUAAUUUAGCAAAUAUUGAGCACCUACUAUGUCCUAGAUACUGUGCUCUUGAGUCAAUAAGGGCUCAGUGAGGACCCUAACUAUAUCUCAUAUAUAAGGGUACUUUAAAUUUGAAGUACCCUCAUAUAUUGAUAAUGUGAGUUUAUUUUGUUUAUAAUGUUAUGACUUAGAUAUCCUCAUACUUUAUGGUAAAACGGCAGUUCUCAAACUAUUUGGUCUCAAGAUUUCUUUAUAAUCUUAAAAAAUAUUGAGGAUACCAAAGAGCUUCUAUUUAUGUAAGUUGUCACUUGAUGUUUACCAUAUUAGAACUUAACACUAAUUCAAAAGAUGUUUAUAUUUAGAAAUAAUAAUAAACCCAUUACAUGUUAGCAUAAAUACAAAUAACUAUAGCAUAAAAUAUAUUUUCAAAGCAAAAAAAUUUAGUAAGGAGUAGCAUUGUUUUACAAUUUUGCAAAUCUCUUUAAUGUGUCUUACUAAAUAGAAGACAGGUAGAUUCUCCUAUCUGUUUCUGUAAUCUAUUUGUUAUGACAAAAUACAUCAUGCCGUCUCUGAAAAACUCCACUAUAUAGUGUGGGAGAAUGAGAGUGAAGAGGACAAGUAACAUCUUAGUAUUGUUAUGAAAAUAGUUUUGACCUCACUGAGUCCCUGAAAGGAUCUUGGAGAUCCUCAGAGUCACCACACUACCCUUUGAGAACCAAGAAUCCCUUAACCACAUUUUGAAAACGGCUAUUCUAAAGUAUAUUCUGAAAGCAAAUUCAUGAUGUUUUCAUUUAGUGCAUUUUCCUGAAGUGUCACCUUUCUGUUAAUCUAUUUUGUAAAUAAGGUAGCUUUAUUAGUCUAGUAGACUAACUGCUAUAACAGAUAAUCCCCAAAUCCCAGUGGCUGAACAUAGUAACAUUUCAUCUCUUGUUCAUAUCACAAUCCAUUGCAGGUCAGUGGUAAGGGCUCUGCCCACAAAUAGUCAUUUAGGGACCUAGGCUGUUUCCAUCUUCCAUUUAGGGUCUCAGAGUCCUCUACUGGGUCCUUGGUAUCUGGUCAGCAGACAAGGGAAGAGAGUACCUGGAGGAUCACAUGGGAGGAUGUUUGGGGUCACAUUCCCCUGGCCAGAACUCAUAUACCACCCAUAACAGUAUUGGAAGCUAGGAAAUGUGUGCCUGGGAGAAAAGGAAACAACCAGCCUUCUCCAGAAUAAUCAAAUUAGUUUCUACAUAAACAAAUUAAAAUUAAACUUUAUGAUCUGUUGUCAGCUUUUUUGCUGUUAUGACACUUAAACUGUAUUCAAUGCAAAAUAGUAAUAUCUCAUACUUUGAGACAAAUUGUAGGAUCAUGCAAUCUAAAAUUUUUUUUUUAAUUUUUUAAACUUUUUAUUUUGAGAUAAUUUCAAAGUUGCAAAAAUGGUACAAAGAACUACCACAUACCUUUCAACCAUGUUCAGCAGUUAUUAACAUUUUGUCCCAUUUGCUUUUACUCUCUCUGAGUGUGUGUGCAUGUGUGUAGGUGCACAUUUUUUUCCUC